AUGGGCGAGGUGGGAUCCGAGGCAACCGACAUCCCCUUUGGUGCUAGAGCAUUGGAGAAAGGAAUCGAAGUUGAGGGUAUAUGGGCCAUGAAGCGACAGCCUCCAACAAAGCAACCCAGCGUCAUGGAGAAGAACAGAAACUCGGUCCUGAGCGCGUUUCUCAGACCUAAGUCGACGGCUAGCAGCGUCCAGACACCUGAAAUCAUCGAGCCCGAUUCGAAUCGUACUUCAGCAACCGCAGAAAGCCAGGCCGAAAGUGUUCUUGAGAGUAUUCACAUAGACACUUUCCGCUCAAGCCGGCCUCCGAAGCUUGAUAUCGGCGGUAUUGGACAGGGGGCUCAGAAAUCAUUCGAUCAUGAAAGGCCUCUUUCUCGAGGAUGGUUUGCUUCUCGGAGCUCAUGGAUGAAGCCCAUCGUGGGCUAUAAAAGGAUGUCAGUACGCGAGGGACGUCACCGUCGAACCUCGUCCGAGGAUUUUAGGCGCCGGUUCAGCAAGUUGUUCGAUGAGACUCUUCCGCCAGGACCACCACGCCCGACAGAGAUGUUCCAGUUGACUCCCAUCUACCAAGAAUCCGCCGAAAGUCUCAGAAAGGGGUCACUGGACAAUGCUAUUGAACCAGUCGCCACAAAUUGA